AUGCUCAAGACUCUCCUGCUUCCGUGGCGUGUGUUACAGUUUGGACUCAAAAGGCUAUCAGCUGCACCUGUGAGUGUGAAAACAGCUGUUGUCUUUGGAGGUGUAGGACUGAUAGCAUUGCCGAAAAUGAAGUAUGAUAGCGCUGAAAGAUCGCAAAAAAUGUAUCAAGAUGCAAUUACGGACUACGUCUACAUGGAUGUGGCCAUAGGGAAGCGCUAUGCCGGCAGAAUUUUGAUUGGACUCUACGGAGGGAUACUUCCAUUGACCACUGAGAACUUUAUACAAAUGUGCAAAGGCCAUAAAAUCGGUGACAAGGUCAUUGGCUAUCGCAAUACCAAAAUAGACAGAAUAAUUCCGCGCUGCUGCAUCGUAGCCGGUAAACUGUUUCACGAUAACAACAUCAUCAACUCGUGUACCAUUUACUCCAAAAGGAUGCCGGAGGAAUUACUAAACACACCCUUUGUCCAAGAAGGUGAUGUAGCCCUGCUGAGCGACGGUCCAUAUGGGCUAACGUCGCGUUUUCUCAUAACGCUAAAUCCUCAUAGUAUGGUUGGACAAAAGUGCGUCGUUUUAGGGACAGUGGUUAAAGGGAUGAACCUCGUACGUGCGAUAGGAAAGGAGGAACACAGCAAAGGGAUUCCUAGUAGAGAAAUACGAAUCAUCGAUUGCGGGGUCUACAAGGACGCAGAAGACGGACCAAAGUCAUAUUUCAACGAACACGAUUUUGGAAAACGCUAAUUGGUCUAUUCCAUCACGUAAACAUAGCAUCAAUAGUCUUGAAUUUUC